AUGUUCUUCAACACCCGCUUCGUUGCCCUCGCCAUUCUGGCAGCUGCCUUUGUCAGUGCCGACAUUACGCCUGCGGCCCCUGCGGCCCCUGCGGCCCCUGCUGCCCCUGCUGCCCCUGCGGCUCCUGCUGCCCCUGCCCCUGCGCUUGCUGCCCCUGCGGCCACCUCUGCGGACGCUCCUGCGCCCUCCACUGAUGCCCCUGCUCCCAAAGAGAAGAUCGUGAGGAAGCUUGAAUGCUCGGAUUACACCAGCAAGGGCGUGCUCGAGGUUUCUUCCGGUAACGCCACACAGAGCCUUGUCCUCGACGGCGUGCCUGCGCAGCUCCACGCUGCCGACGGCAGCGUCAACCUCGUGUUCAAGGAGUGCACUUCUGAUCUUCUUGGCUACAAGACGAAUGACACGACCCACUUUGGUCUGUUGAUGACCUCGGACAACAACAGCUGCCUCCACGCCGUUGCGCUCGGACAGGCCGACACUCGCAUCCAGGCCGACGAGUGCUCCUACUCUGAUGACAGCUCGCAGAUGACCCAGUUCUGGGAGUUUGACGAGAAGACCUCUGCGUUCCGCUUCCCUGGCCGUCCUUCUGGUGGCGACUAUUACGCGAUUAACGUGGACGACCAAAAGUUCGUAAGCCUCUCGCCGAAUGGCACGUCGGACAGCACUCUUGCUUUCAAGAGCGCCUAG